ACACCCAGCACAGAGAGCGCCCGCCCAUUCAAUCCCAGUAAUUAACGCCGGCUGCUGCUGCGUCUGCUUGUGUGGGGGGUAGGGGGCAAGGAGGCAGUUAAAUUGAGCCAAAGGUGUGUCGCUGGGUUGGAAGCGCGCAGGGGCUUUCGACGCAAAGGGGGGUGUAGAGAAGGACAAAGGGCGAAGGGAGCGAGCGAGCGAGGGAAAGCGAAGACGAAGACUAAGCGAAGUCCUCUUGGGAAGCCAUGGCUGACGGACUGCGUUCCCCUCGCUACGAUUUGGUGGUGUUCGGUGCCACGGGCUUCACGGGACAGUACGUGGUGGAGGAGGUCGGCCGAGUCGCGGCGAAACGCGACGGCGAUUUCACUUGGGCCGUGGCUGGCCGCAACGGGGAGAAGCUCAAGGAUCUGUUGGAGAGAGUCUGCGUCACUAUAGGACAACCACACGCAAAGAACAGUGUUGGUCUUCUCAUAUGUGAUGUGGGAGAUGAGGAGUCUCUGGCUACUAUGUGCCAGAAUGCCAAGGUUGUCCUUAACUGCGUUGGACCGUAUAGGUUUUAUGGCGAGCCAGUGGUGAAGGCGUGCGUGGAGAAUGGCUGCAGUUGUGUGGACCUCUGUGGUGAACCGCAAUUCCUGGAGGAGAUGCAGCUCAAGUACAGCAAGGCUGCGGAGGAGAAUUCCGUUUACAUCGUUGGAAGCUGCGGAUUCGACUCCAUCCCAGCGGACCUCGGUGUGCUCUACACACGCCACCAGUUCCCAGGCACUCUGUCAGGAGUGGAAAGUUACCUUGUUAUUGAGACUGGUCCGCAGGGUGGUGCUGGUCACUAUGCCACGUGGCAGUCUGCCAUCUACGGCUUUGCCGACCAAGACAAACUCCGCAAACUUCGCAAGCAGAUGAACCAGCAGCCUCUGCCGGUAGUCGGCAGGAAACUGCCAAAGAGGGGCGCAGUCUUUUACAGCAAAGACUCCUCUCGCUGGGCCUUCCCAUUCCCGGGCUCCGACGCGUCGGUGGUCAGACGCAGCCAGCGCUACCUGCAUGAGGAGCUCGGCGAGAGUCCAGUUCAGUACGCAGCAUACGCCACCGUGCCCGGCUUCAGCAGCCUCCUGCUCACGAUCGUCGCCGGUUUCUUCUUUGGCGUCCUGGCAAAGUUCCGACUUGGCCGCUCGUUGCUGGAAAAGUAUCCCAGGUUGUUUUCACUCGGUGUGUUUUCUCAUGAAGGACCCACCGAAGCGCAGAUGAAGGGGACUUCUUUCAACAUGACCUUGUUUGCACAAGGCUACAGCCAAGGACGCGACCCUCAAAGCGAGAAGCCUGAUGUCCGCAUGACCACGCGAGUCAGUGGCCCGGAGCCAGGCUACGUGUCCACCUCGAUGCUCUUGGUCCAGGCUGGGGUCACCAUCCUCAAGGAGCACAAGGCCCUGCCCAAAAGGGGCGGCGUCUACACCCCGGCCGCGGCGUUUGGCCGCACCAGCCUGGUGGAGCGUCUCUGCGAGUGCGGCGUCGCCUUCUCGGUGGUCGAGGAGGCGGGCGACAAGAAGUCCGCGUGAGGGCCGCAGCGGUCGCCCUCGCUCUGGCCCGGCUCUCCGGGGAGGCUUUUGUGGGCCCCCCCCCCCCCCCCCGCCCCACCCAGUGGCGCGUGCAGCCGCAACGCUGGCGCUGCCUGGGAGGGGGCGAGGGGGGGGGGGGGGGCGGGGGAUGGCCCAGUUUUGCUUAAUCCUCUUCGCCAUGCCGGAUGAUGGAGGAUGCACUGCUAGCAAAGCCCUCUGUUGCCACGCUAGCUUUUCGAGAUUUGCGUACAGAUUUGUUUGUUUGCCGUUCAGGCGGCGGUUUUUUCGCACUUCAAACGGUUCGCUUAAGAUUGCAGGUUUUCGAGGUCUUUGUUAUUGCAGUCGUGCUGUGUAUCUCUCGCCAUGUGUUUUUUUUUUUUUGGUUUUGGGCUAUUUUUAUUUCACACUUUGUCCGGCGCAUUGCCCGUGUUAAUGCGUGGAGCAAGGCAUGUGGACGACGUGAGAAAACGACGCACGGGUAGAGCCCCGAAAAACACAUCGGUGAGGAUUGUGCUCGUCACGUUUUUGAAUUGCUCCGAUUUAAAAUGUUUCGCGGUAAUUUUGCCGAGCAUCGUUGCAGUUCCUGAUUUAUAUCGCGUUCAUGAUUGCCCCGGUCAUGUGGUUAGCUCCGGCAGUCGUAAAUAAAUGUACCAACAAUUAGUGCUGUCUCGGGAACAGAGUUAUGGUUUGAAAGGGACUUUCACUGGUUGUGAACCAAGGAUAAAUGUAGUUUAUUUUUUUGGUUUUUGCACACAUGACAGUUUGGCACUUAAAAAAAAAACGAAGACUGUUGCACCCAAAUUGACUUUGUAUGGCAGAGGAACUUGUGUGUGGCCUCAACGGUUUGUGAAGGCUGUAAUGCAGUCGGUAGAACCUUUUCAAUGCUCGCCCAAGCAGAACAUGGUUUGGGCCCACAACGUUCUGAGACAAUCCCAGAGUUUGCAUGACUAGGACAAAGCUACCUGAUUUUUGUAACUGAAAUUUUCCAGUCGCUUGCGGUUUGUCCUUUAAGUUGUGGCAGUAAUGUUGCCGUCUUUACAAUUGCCUCUCCUAAUUCUGCGUAGGCUAAAGCUGCCUAUUGCCUGGGGAUGUUUAACUACCGCGAAUGCAGCAAUCUCGCCCGCUGCUUCAAGAAAUGCUGUCUUGUUACUUAGGAUGUACCUUGGCUAUGUAUGUACAGCUUGAUAGGUUUAAAGAUAAGAUGCAUUAGAAAACAAACAAGAAGUAUAAGAUUUUCUAAAGCCACCGUAAAAAAUAUCCCAGUUUUGCCACGGUCAAUUCCCGAUUUUUGCCUGCGAUGUUCUGCGUGUGUUUUUACGCAAGUGAUUGCCUCGUGAAAAGUACGAGGGACGUUGCAUCGCGAUGACUUGCACUGUAAUGCGGCGGCAGAAAACACUUUAAAGUCAAAUCGCCUGGAUCAUUCCCCCUAAUCAUGUUGUGGGUGAAUUUGUACUUUUGUUUUACUUUUCAUUUAAAUGUUUUUUACUCAAUUGGUGUCCCUGCAAGCAUCAUUUUGAAGCGUUCCAAGUCUAUCUGGCUAUAUGCUGCGUCAUAACCUGCCGAGUGAGUAGCGUAAUUAAGCCUUUAGUGCUAAGCCUGCAUUCUUACGUGUUUUACUGUUCUCAUUGUUGUGCUCUGACUAGUUUGGGAAUUAAUAAAUCUGCCUAAAUAUA